CCGGCCGGCCAGCAAGUCAGGCAACCACACAGCCAUAUGAGUCAGUACAACUUAAGAAACCGGUUUGUGAACACGCACGGCGCGAUCUCUUCUUGGUGGCCGACCCACACGGCUGGCUCUCUGUUGUAAAGUUUCGGUCUUUUUCUCACUUUGUGGUGUUUCUUGCUCACGACGCGAGCAGUUUCACGAGGCGCGCGGGUUUGCGUAGAAAUACAAACUCACGCGGUGCCACAUACACCAGCACACACACACGCGCGAAGAUUAGUAAGUGGGAAAGAUGCUGCUGCUCGCAUGAGCUUACGUCCGCAGCAGUCAGUGCCUCUUGAUCUUGAGCCGCAGCCGCAAUGUGCUAAGCAGAUAUCACUCGAACGGAUGAACGCUCGCGUUGAUCUUGGAAUGUUCGUGCCUCGUUGUAGCUAUUUGGAGAGUGAAAAUAAGUGAAUAAUUGAGCUGAAUUGAAGGAAGUGAAGCGGCUCAACCUGGACUCUAAGCUGGCGAGACACGAAAUUGAACUGUCUAGUAGUGACGGGGUGGAGUGGAAUCGGAAACAGUAGUCGCUUCUUGACAUCCAGUGCGCUUAACGGGAAGCGGCGAUCGGAUCGACGUGUGUUUCGGGCUAAAUAUACCGGUUUCUACUAUCGGGAAAACCGUUUCAAACGCAAUGGUCCCAGCCGCCAGACGGCGACGACGGUGAUGUUGGUGUGUGACACUUAUCGGUGGUCGAUAAUCAAAUAACUCGGUCAACAAACGAACAGCAGAUAGACGUCGUAGUGCCAAAUUGUACCAACAAAGUGAUAAGACAUCAGGCGUUAUUUUCGGCUAAUGUUCGGCAUUGAAGUGGAGUUCUACGCUGAAGUGGAUAUGGAAAGGCUGGCGACCGUUUCAAGCUGAGUUGAAGAUCUAUCAUGAUACUUCGCCGCGAUCAUCAACAAAUCAGAGUCUCGUCAUCAGUAGCCGGUUUCGUCGCACCCCACCAGCCCGGUUCCAGCUGUUCGUCGGACAACAAAUGGAACUGCCACUGCCUGUUAAUUUUCUGCACGCUGAAGAUCUUCUGCCGGAAGGAGAUAAUCCGGACUCGCUCCCGCGGUGGAAGUGCUGCCGUCCCGGGUCGAUCGUGAAACGAUAGUACCCACCCAACUCGUUGUGUAAAAGCUAGAAUAGGAAAUCGUUGGUGAAUUAGUGUUAGUGUGGUGUAAACUGGCCCUUAAGGUGUAUUAUUUACUAGAGGAAUUACUAUCAAGUAUGUCACAGCGGAAGAAGAUUCUGUACGGAUUGUUCGGGAUCAUCAUCGGGCUGUGCGUCGGGGCUCUCUUCCGGAACUAUCGCACGCUGGAGAUCGUCAGCAUGUGCAACUCGAUCAACAACCUGAAACAGAAGUCCGCUCUCGAGAUUAUCGGUCUGCAUCGGCUGGAGACGCCGGACAACUCGCAGCACAACCUAGUCUUCGUGGGCGUCAUGACAGCGAAAGAUUUCCUGCCAACCCGAGCCAAAGCCGUAUACGACACGUGGGGCAAGAAUAUCCCCGGGCGGAUCGCGUUCUUCAGCUCCGAAGAAUCGGUGGCCGACUAUCUACCACUGGUUGCGCUGAAGGGCGUUGAUGAUCGAUAUCCACCGCAGAAGAAAAGCUUUAUGAUGCUUCACUAUAUGUACGAGCAUUACAUCGACAAAUUCGAAUGGUUCGCCCGAGCCGACGAUGAUGUCUUUGUCCGCACGGACAAGCUAGAACAGUUCCUACGGUCGAUCGAUAGCUCGAAGCCGCAAUUCAUUGGCCAAGCAGGCCGGGGUAACAGCGAAGAAUUCGGUUUGCUCUCACUCGAGUUCGACGAAAACUUCUGCAUGGGUGGCCCCGGGGUCAUCAUGAGCCGCGAGACGCUACGGAGGGUUGCUCCUCACAUUCCAACCUGUCUCAAGAACCUCUACAGUACUCACGAAGAUGUGGAGGUUGGACGAUGUGUUCAAAAGUUUGCCGGUAUUCCUUGUACCUGGAAUUAUGAAAUGCAAUCCAUCCUGCACCACAACUCCAGCGGGAACCGUGCCUUUUCGGGGAACCUCAAGAACAAGGAAGUUCACAGUGCCAUCACGCUUCACCCGGUCAAGAGGCCAGCCUUCAUGUAUCGGCUGCACGCGUACACGCUCGGGUUGAAGGCCCAGGAACUGCGUCAGCAGUCCUUGCUGCUGCAUCGGGAUAUCGCCCAGAUGACAGCACUGCUGCAAAUUCCAAAAAUCAAUAAAAACCUCGCACCAGGCGUUCCCAUUUUCCCGUCGGCCGAAUCCAGCUCCGACUAUCUCGGGGACCACAAUGUUCUAGGUUUGAUGCCAGACCUCAACCGACACAGGCCUUCGCAUCUGGAUGAGAUUAUCGAGUGGGACUUCAUCGCUAAGAGCCUGUACUCGGGUAUGCAUCCGAAUCCCAAGCGGAAGAUUGAAUCGUCUCUCAAGGAAGGCUUGAAUGAUGUCGUUCGAGAGAUUAUGGAACAUAUCAACAACUUCUCGCGACAACGAGGUCGAGUGAUCGAAUUUCGAGAGCUACUCUACGGCUAUAUGCGAGUAAAUAGUCUUUACGGACAGGAUCUAAUUUUGGACCUGCUAUUGGUGUACAAAAAAUACCGAGGGAAGAAAAUGACUGUCCCGGUGCGAAGGCAUCUCUACAUUCAACGCUCCUUCACGGACAUUCGAGUACGGGAGAUUUCCAAUGGUGUGAUUCCUGCUUACGCAGUAACUUUGGACCACCGGUUAGCGGAUGGAAUCACAAGGCCGUGGAACAACACUACAGGCUUAGAUCGCAUGCGCUCGAUCUUCAACAGCGGCUGGGAGAAACUUUCCGACACGUUUGCCAUCAACAAUCCACUCCUGUACGAGGUCCAAUCGCAGAAAGAUCGAAUCGUGUUCGUGAUUCCGCUCGCUGGUCGAUCGGAAACGUUUAUGCGAUUCUUGCGCAACUUCGAGGAGGUCGCCCUAAAGCAGGACCGCCGUACGGAUCUGCUAGUGUCAAUCUACGUGGACCCAACCGAAUCGCCGUUGAUUGUGGGGCUGCUAAAUCAGCUUCGUCUCCGGUACCCGGAUAAUAAAAUAAACUACCAGCAACUGUUCGGCAACUUCUCCCGGGGGGUUGCCCUUGAUCGUGCCAUCAAGAGUCCGUUCUGCAAACAGGAUGAUAUUCUGUUCUUCGUAGAUGUUGAUAUGAUUUUUACUCAAAAAACGCUCGAUCGGAUACGAACCAACGUGAUUCGUAACCGACAGAUCUACUUGCCGAUCGUAUUCAGCGAGUACGAUCCCAAUCCGGAUGCACUGUGGAGUAAAACCACGACUCCGGUUACCACUGAGCAUCCCUAUCUACUCGCCGGGAAACGAAACUUCUCUUUACAAUACCCAGUCACCAACAGCAACGGAUACUUCCGCCAAUUUGGUUACGGUUUGGCCGGGAUAUACAAGUCGGACAUCCUUCGACCGGACCUCGGAGGUUUCAAUACCGACAUCAACGGGUGGGGUCUCGAGGACGUGAAAUUUCUCGAGAACAUCAUCGCCGCCAAUCUGAAGGGUAGUCAGCGUUUGCUGGAGGUAGCCGACGGUAAGGUGGAUCCGUUCAAGGAUCCGCACCACAGCCAGCAGCAGGAGCUGGUGGUUUUCCGUGCACCGGACCCCUCACUGGUGCACAUCUUUCAUCCGAUCAAUUGUGAUAAAAAUCUGGAGGAGGCACAGUACAAGAUGUGCCUCGGAACGAAAGCCAAUACUCUGGGCAGCUUCCGGCAGCUGGAGCAACGGUUUCUCCGCGACCGGGAGCUUCUGAACUACGGGAGGAAUCGGGGGACCCGAUAACGCGCGCCUGUCGGGAUCGGGUCGAUUACGAUAGCAUUUUUUAGGAGAACUGAUUUUUUUUUGUAAUAUAAUAGAAUCAAUUAAAUUUAAUGUUAGGAUGCUUUA